CCGGAAUGGAAAUAGACAUAGGCGGUGGUAAAUGUCAAACAACUUUGUUUUUUGCAGAUGAUCAGGUAGUCGUAGCGAAUGAUGAGGAAGACAUGGACUACAUGUUUAGAAAACUAAAGAAAGAAUAUGAAAAAUGGGGCCUCAAUAUGAAUAUGUCAAAGACAGAGUAUCUUAAAAUAGGGGAUGAUGAAGAAGAUCCAGAGUUAGAAAUUAGAACCACGAAAAGAUGUAAUGAAUAUAAAUAUCUCGGAUCUAUAAUAUCUAAAGAAGGCACUACCAAAAGAGACAUCGAAAAGAGAACGCAGCAGGGCAAAAAAGCGGUAAACAUUCUGAGCUCUCUACUGUGGUCUAAAGAUAUAAGGCAAGAAACGAAAUUGACAAUCUAUCGUACCUUGGUAGAGCCUAUUAUGACUUAUGGGGCAGAAGUUUGGCAGAUGACAAAAAAAGAAAGGAAAAGAAUAGAAGUAGUAGAAAUGGAUUAUCUAAGGAGAGCGUGUGGUAUAUCUAAAAAAGAUCACAUCAGGAAUGAAGAUAUUAGAAGGAGGACACAUACUGUAUAUUCCAGUGUAGAUAAAAUUGAAACUAGACAACUAGUGUGGUAUGGUCACGUGAAACGAAUGAAUGAAGAUAGAUGGCCAAAGAAAGCUUUAAAUUACAUACCACACCAAAGAAGAAGAAGGGGAAGACCUUCAGUUGCCUGGGAAGAAAAUGUACGGCACAUCAUGAAAGAUAGAGCCAUCAAAGAAGACGAAUGGAUGGACAGAAAACGAUGGCGGUCGAAAUGCGAGAAGCGGCAGAGGCUGUAGGAACCUCGCUGAUAGAGAUAGAGAGAUCUUUUAUUAUCUUGUUAUUAGAUUUGCCAUAUUGGAAAGAUGUGGUGGUUCUUAACUUGAUAUUGGUUUACUUUAUCAACAUUUGUCACAGAUAUCUUAAAUACUUUGUAAUAAUUUAUGUCCUUAUGCCCUACACAGUAUGAUUCUGGAAUUAGUUGGAAUUCUGAUGUAUGUAUGGAUUUCUUCUUAAGAACUAGUCAGCCAAUACUCUGUUAAUGUGGGUUCCUAGGUAACCUAGUGAAUGCGUGGGUUCGAAAUUCAGCAACUGAUCACUGCUAUCCGAUUUCGUCACCUAUGUUUUCAUAGCAGAGUACGCUGAUGUUUAUCCAUCAAAUUAUUUCUGGUCGGGAAAUGUCUGCAGCAUUUCCUAACCAUCCUUGUGUAAUUAGUCCAAUUAUUCCAGUUACAUGUUUACCAUUUGUUAGGGAAGUACUUAGUUUAUAUUAUGUCUCGUACUUCAUAGUAUGGUUGUUGUUGACUACCCAUAUACAUAGUAGGUUCCUUAGUUUAGUAUUUGAGGUGUUUGAACAAAUCAAUUGUUUAUUUUUAGUAGAUUCCCACUUCUUUCCUUAGACAUUAGUUUGUUUAGUUUAGUAUUAGUGAGAAUUGGUCCAUAAAUCUUCCUGAUCGUUCUUCUUUGGAUAUGCUCUUAUAAAUCUGGUAUCCAUUGAUAGUCCGAUUUUGAAUUAAGUGUCCGAUUCCUCACUUAUUUUGUUUAUUUGGUUGUAUAGGCUCGUACUACCGGAUGUGGGUGUACGUAUACCUAAUUUAUUUAUGUGAUUUAAUAUUGGUGUGAAUUGGUCCAUAAAUCUUCCUGGUCGUCCUUCUGUGGAUAUGCUUUAUGAAUCUGGUGUCCAUUGAUAGUCCGACUUUGGAUUAAGUGUCCGAUUCCACAUUUAUUUUGAUUAAUGAGUUUUUGGAUGACUUUGAUAUGUUUACUAUUUGUAUUAUUUGGCACUGGUGAGAAUUGUUCCAUAAAUCUUCCUGAUUGUUCUUCUCUGGAUAUGCUAUUACGAAUCUGGUGUCCAUUGUUAGUUCAAAUUUGGAUUAAGUGUUCGAUUCUUCACUUAUUGUAGUUAUUGAUUUCUUUGGUCUUACUUCAGUAUAUUUAUUUGCGUUAUUGUACGAACAGGCUCACACCUUUGCCUGGUUGUUCGUCCUUGGAUAUACAUUUUAUAAAUCUGAUGUCCCUGGAUAGUUCAAUUUUGGAUUUCGGGCCCAUUCGACAUUUAUUUGUUAUUAUGAACUUUAGUAAAUUAUUUAGUUUAUCUUUGGCUUUAGACAAUGCCGAGGAUAUUUUAAUAUGACUUCGAGUCAUCUGUUGUAAGUCAUGAUAUCUGUUGCAGGGACUCUCCUGCUUUCCUCUAUUCCUUGGUUUGUGGUUAUUUUGUAAUCUGGCGAAUCAACGCGAAAUAAUACACUACUACUACUUUAGUUUAAUAUUUAGAGUAUAAAAAAAAAAAAAAAAUUUUAAUAAAUUUUUUUUCUCCCAGUAGGAGAGGAAUGUGACGUUCCAUCACUUAUCUAAGUAAUUAUUAAUGGGAACACCUUAUUUAAUUAUGGUUAAAAUUAUUUUUCUCGUAAUUAAAACAAGCCGUUCGCACAAAAUCCUCUGGAUGACGUCAUACCUAGGUGCUGUGGCAUCACUGAUAGAUUUUUGAAGUUGGCAUUGACGCCGGUCGCCAGCUGUCAUCAAGUCGAACGGAGCAAGGAGGGUGAUUGUUCUCUGCGAAGUGCCAAGAAGGGCGGUGUAAUCUCUUACAAUAAGUGAUUGAGAAAAUUAUAUUUUAGCCGCAUGGUUCAAUUAUUACUGUAUUGCCAGUUAUUUUAUUAAGUUUGUGUUUGAAUCAAAGUGACGAAAUAUAAUGAAACUGUAAGAAGAAGGAUUUUGCACCGCCCUUCAGGAGAAAUCUCAAACGACAUAUGAACUUAUAAAGACCCAACAACACCACGGGUAGGCACUUCCAGGGUUCAAUCGACAAGGGACAGGUCUGGAGGAUAUACAGCCUCCCAUUUGAUCUUGUUUAUUUUGGUUCUUCUUCCUGCAACCCUCAGAGGGGCAGUUUCAGUAACGGUUGGACCGUUACACCACAUUGGUGUUAGCUUCGUACCACGGACUUGGGUAUUAGACAUCAAGGAACAUUGGAACCUGUGAAAAGGGGUUUGUUUUGGGGACAUUUAUUUGUAACGGUUAAAGACAUACUGUUUUUUUUAAUUUUUCAGGACAUUUAGCAUACUUAUACUUUCAUAAUUUAAUUACAUAUAUUUUUUCUUUCCUCCAAAAACAUAAGUAUACUGUAAUUUAUCAGAGCCAUACCUAAAGUUGAUAGUGUUCCCCAAAUUUACAUAAUUCCUUGGUAGAAGUUUCGAGCUCGAAUAUUCUUCCCACAUAUAUGUUCUUUACCCUUGGUUUGUAUUAAUUUUAGACUUGUUCCCAUGUAAAUUAAAUAUAUAAUUGUCUUAAUUCUCUAACUUUAAAAUCAUUUAACUUGCUUUCAUACUUUAUCAAUUUUUAUUAGUUUUUUGCAAAUAUUAUUUAACGUUAACGUAUCAAUCAUUUCCUUUUUAUAUUAACUUUGAAUCAAUCCCUAGUACCUAGCCCCUCAGGACGGUACUAGUUUUACUUGUUAUUAUUAUUAAGAACCACUAGUCAAAAAAGGGUUUUUGUAUCCAGUACUACGUUGGUUCAUUUAGGGACUUGUUACCCGUCAACUCAUUGAGAGUUAUAUAAAAAUAUUAUUUAUAUUAGGUAUUUUUAUUAUUAUAUUAUCAGGUAGUAUUCAAUUAGGCUGUACAUAUUUUAUGCGUACUAUUAUUUGGUGAAGGGUUGUCAUUUAACCUAGAUGUAAGUUGAGGGUGUGCUUCCUAGGAAAGCUACUCCAAUAAUAAUUUAAUAGGUAAUUAUAUUUAUAUCACAAUAGGUAAUUAUUUCUCAUUGUCAUUUUAGAGUUACAUAGUUACACUUGUCAUAACUUAGAGGUUGUCAAUAAUCUAGAUAGUUAUAUAUAAUAAAUAUUUAUUUGUUUUGUA